UUUUAUUUUUUUAGAUUGAAGGAAAUAGAAGAGAGAUUGCAUGGACUGAAGACCUCCACCAUAGCUAAGACGCCUGCCUUAAAAUUUAAGGUUGAAAACUUUUUCUGCAUGGGAUCUCCCUUAGCAGUGUUUUUGGCCUUGCGCGGCAUCCGCCCGGGGAACAGCGGAAGUCAAGAUCACAUUCUUCCUAGAACUAUUUGUAAUCGGUUGCUAAAUAUUUUUCAUCCAACGGACCCAGUGGCCUAUAGACUAGAACCUUUAAUUCUGAAGCAUUAUAGCAACAUUUCUCCUGUCCAGAUCCACUGGUACAACACCACGAACCCUCUACCUUACGAACACAUGAAGCCAAGUCUCCUCAACCCGGCAAAAGAUUCUACCUCAGCCCCGGAGAGUGAAGCUCUCCCGACGUUACCCAGCCCCACGACGUCCCCUGUCAUGGCACGGCGGCACUAUGGGGAGUCCAUUACAAACAUAGGCAAAGCAAGUAUAAUGGGUAACUAUAUUUGAAACCUUGACAGCUUGUGUUUAUCUGUAGCUAUCUUAUCUCUCUUACUAGUUGAGCUCUCCAGUUAUGUAUGCAUGUCCUCAUGCUCUGAAAAUAUAUGUACUGUAUU